AAGACUUAAUAAAUUAUGUCUUUUAGUGUUCUGUUUCGUGGUAUACAAUUCGUUGCGUACACCUACAUUUACAAUAACUGGCGGUUAGUCACACUUCCUUGGAAUUCGAUAUGGACAUGGUGGAUUUGCUUCCUUGGAGUGGAUUUUGGAUAUUAUUGGCUGCAUAGAGCUAGUCACGAGAUAAAUAUUUUAUGGGCAGCUCAUCAAGUUCAUCACAGUUCUGAAGAUUACAAUUUAUCAACCGCACUAAGACAAUCUGUUCUUCAGAAUUAUUCCGUGUGGGUGUUCUACUUGCCUAUGGCUCUAGCUGUUCCACCUAGUGUGUUUUUAGUCCACAACCAGUUUAAUUUAUUAUACCAAUUCUGGAUACAUACCGAAGUAAUUCGCUCGUUAGGGCCUUUGGAAUAUGUUUUAAAUACAGCUAGCCACCACAGAGUUCAUCACGGCAGGAACAGAUACUGCAUCGAUAAGAAUUAUGGAGGUACUUUGAUUAUUUGGGACAGAAUAUUCGGAACGUUUGAACCAGAAAAUGAAGAGGUGGUUUAUGGACUCACACAUCCUGUCAGUACAUUCGAGCCUAUAUAUAUUCAGUUAUGCCACUACUUACACAUUUGGAGAACAUUCUGGGAAACACAAGGUCUCAAAAACAAAUUGUCUGUUAUAUUCAAAGGUCCUGGUUGGUCACCCGAAAAGCCCUGGCAUGGAUGUAUUGACGAUAUACCAGAUGUUAAAGCUCCAGCUGAGAAAUAUGAUCCUUCAUUACCUUCAAGAUACAAAGCUUACAUAUUAUGGCAUUUUGUUGUACUUGGUCUUGCUUAUGUAGAAAUAACGGAGAGAAAUAUGUUCCUUCCGCAGUUUAUUCUUUACGUUGCAGUACUUCACCAGGUUUUCUCCCUGUCAAUUAUAGGAAUGUUUCUUGAAGGAAGAUUUUAUGCAAUAUCGCUGGAAUGUUUACGGUGUCUUUUAUCUUUGGCAAUGACUUACUAUUUCCUACCUCACACAAGAAUAUUUGCCCUACAUUCAUAUUAUCAGUGGUUUUUUAUGGCAGUAAUAUAUGCGACUUACGGACUAUCAGCUGUAUAUUGGUUACACCAUUGCUUUAAAAACAUUAAAAUCAAAAUAACUACGUACAGUAUGAAAAAAGUAGAAUAAUAUAGUUUUCAAUCACACCGAAAGUCUUUUGCUAUUGAAAUAAAAGUAUUGAACCUGUGAAA